AUGUUCACGCUGAAGUCAGUAAAUUUUCACCCAAAUGACAUUAAGCAAAGUUUCUACUUGACCUCUGGAAACAGCAUUACUAUUCUUAACAACAAGAGCAAUCGUAGCAUCAACGACAACAUCAACGACGGCACCAAAAACACCCCCUUAAACAGCAAAAAAAUACUUGAUAUUGUUGAAUCUAACGUCGUUUUAAAAAAUCCACCUAUCGAUGAAAUUUGGGCUGGCAGUUAUAAUUCAUUCGCCAGAACAUCGGAUGGCUCAAUUUUUGCAUGGGGUCUGAACAACUGUCACCAAUUAGGUUGUGUAUAUAGUUAUGAACAUGCGUGUUUCUCGGACAGUGAUUCACGUUAUUUUCCGAGCAAGUGGAUUGUGAAAACAGACAGCAAGACGUUUCAAGUGAGGCAGAUAAGUUCGUCCAUCAAUCACACCUUGGUGCUCGAUCGAGAUGGUUUGGUAUACACUGCUGGUCGCAACACUUACGGUCAGUUGGGAGUUGGAAAGGAAGUGGAGGAAUCUAACAAAUUCCGGUUGGUGUCGGCACUGAAGAGACUUUACUGCACGCACGUAUGCGCUGGUCUGUCGGUUUCAUUCGCAGUUACAGAGGAUGGUAAGCUAUUCAAGUGGGGACAAAGGAGUAGUCAGCUGGGUUGCGAUGAUGAUGGCAAUGAUGAUGAUGAUGAUGGAGCAAAUGAUGCUGAUGUUGGUGUCGUUGAGGUUGUCUCUGAUAUAUUCCUUCCAGAACUUGUUCCGUGUCCCAAGUUGGAGUGA